CAUUUGUAACUAUAAAUUCUCUCUCUACCUCUUUUUUUCUCUCUCCAUUUUUAUGGACUUCCUUUGGGACGUAUUCUAAUUCUUCAAUCGCCUCCUCCAUCUCUCUCUCGAAGAGAGAUCUGCUGCUCUGUUCAGGUUCCGAUCGUUGCAGAGGUUUUUAUUCGGUCGGUCGGUCGGCCAGCGUCUCCAUGGGGAAGUUUGUCGAGAUUCUCGACGCUGGCGUCAGGAUUGUCGCCAGAUUUCAUUCGCAUUGUCCUCAGACUGCUCGGAUGUACUACCAUCCGCCGGCUAACUCCAACGAAGGCCACCACUCCGACCGCCAGGAGUUUCGCCUUAGCGGCGGCGAUGUUUCGUCUCAUCAGAUUGUUCCUUGCAGUGCCGCGGCCGCCGUUGUAGCCGUCAGCGCUGAGACAGAACAAUUUCUUGAAGUUUUGCUGUUGGAUGAGAGAGGUUGCUUGAAAUUUGGGACUAAAUAUUCAGAUGGAUUUUAAUAAUGACUUCACAUUUUAUCAGGUGGGUUUAGCUGAAAAGGAUGAUAAAGAGGCGAGGGAUCUUGCAUCAGAAAUAGGCGAUAUUACCUUGAGGGAUGAAUUGGCGAAUAACACCGUUAGUAGGACUCAUGUCAUUUUGAAUGAUAAACUAUCGAAUGAUAUCAAUUCCAGAAAGCAGGCAACAGUUGGUUCUUUGGAUUUCAAUUGGUCUUCAAAACAAUCAAGUACGUUGCCAACAGAAGAGGUGAGGAAAGAUACUGGAAAGGUUGUGAAGAAAUCAAAAAAACAAGGGAUUGCUGUGCGUAAGCAUGCAGUUCGAACAAAGGUUCCUUUUGAGAAGGGAUAUAGUCAAAUGGAUUGGCUUAAGCUUACUCGAACCCAUCCUGAUCUUGCAGAAUUGAAAGGCCAGUCAAAUAAAAGGCUUAUCCCUAUGAGCGAAGUUAAACAACAUCAGAGUGAGGGCUCCAUGUGGACUGUUCUGAGAGGUCGCGUGUACAAUUUAUCUCCUUAUAUGAAGUUUCACCCUGGAGGUACUGAAAUACUCAUGAAGGCAGUGGGAAAAGAUUGUACAUCUUUAUUCGAUAAAUACCAUGCUUGGGUGAAUGCUGAAUUUUUGCUGGAGGAGUGUCUGAUCGGCACCUUGGAUGAUAGACAUCGACGGUUCUAUGGUAUGCCUUGACCAUGUCAAGAUGCUAUAUUUUUUUUUUUGUUUUUUUUUUUUUUUUUUUUUUU